AUAAAAUGUAGAGCAAGGGGGAAUUUGUCAUUGCCUUUGUUCAUUAACUGUUUGGGCCAGCAAUUUGGACAAAGUGAUUCAGCGCUUGCGAGCAGGCAGAACUGAGCCUUCAGAAAGCAAGGCUGGUCUGAGCGAGACACCAGGAAAGUCAAGCUGCCCUUCUCAGGAAAGACGCGGGCGGCUCUCGUCGGCACGGGUGGAAGGGACAAGCAGAGCAGAUGUGUCCCCACACGCAGCACCUAUUGAGAGCCCGGAGGAAACAAACCAUCUCUGGAUCCAGGAUUGCCAUUCUCCCUCUGGGCACUGUGGGCCUGUUCACACACCACAGCUUCCACGUCGCCUACUUUGCAAGACUUUAUCUGUCGAGAAAGCAGGCAAAGACACAAAAGGCCUGGAGAAGGGAGGGGACGCACGGCUAUUCAUAGUCGCGGUCCCCACCCACGGGUGCCAGGAGUCAGACAAGGGAGCACCUUAUCAGGUGCCUGACUGAGCGGCAUUCAGCGCUGUCCCAGGGCUCCAUCCCCACCCCGGCGCAGGGGUGAGUGCCCCGCUGACGUCAGGAGCCCUUACUUCAUUUCCUGGCACCGGGGCCGAAUUUUCACAGCGGUGUCCUGUGGGAGAGGCGGUGGAACUGGAAUGGGCGUGCUCAGCCCCACCUCCUCAGCCCUCCAGCUGUUAAAGAUCCCAAGGAGGGCGAGCGCGGAGCUGCUGCCCGGCCGGGGUUCCAGGAGCGGAGGCGCCCGGUUACUGGUGAGCUUGAAAAGUGCCGCUCCUAGUCGGAGCGUCCCUGCUGCCUUCACCAGGCGGGACCCAGAAAGCUUUGGAGAGAUUGUUCAAGAGGGCAAGAGAAUGACAACACCACAUCCCCCAGGCUGUGGCAGCAUUGGUGCCGACUACUACCUGCUCUGUGACACAGAGAAGGCCUGGGGGAUUGUCCUGGAGUCACUGGCUGCAGCAGGCAUCCUCAUCACCAUUUUCCUCAUCUGCUCGCUCUUCUUCCUUAUCUGCAAAGUCCAAGACAACAGCAAGCGGCACAUGAUCUCCGUCUAUUUUUUCUUUCUUUUAGGCACACUCGGUGUUUUCGGUCUCACUUUUGCCUUCAUCAUUAAACUCAAUGACAGGACUCGUCCCACUCGCUUCUUCCUAUUUGGAGUCAUCUUUGCUCUCUGCUUCUCGUGCCUCCUCACCCAUGCCUGCAACCUCAACAAACUAGUGAGAGGAAGAAAGCCCUUCUCCUGGCGAGUGCUGCUGCUCUUCAUUGUUUCCUUUGCCCUGGUACAAGUUGUGAUCAGCAUUGAAUACUUAGUCACCAUGUUAGUAAACCAGAGAGAAGAAUUCCUGAAUAUGGCUCGGGAGAAUACCAACAAGGACUUUGUCAUGCUUCUAAUCUAUGUGCUCUUCCUGAUGGCUCUGACCUUCUUGGUUUCCAUGUUCACAUUCUGUGGGUCAUAUAAAAGCUGGAAGAGGCAUGGGGCGCACAUCUUUGUCACUGUCCUGUUCUCCAUUGCCAUUUGGGUAGUGUGGAUCACUAUGCUCGUAAAAGGCAACACGGUUUUAGACAAAGAAAUGUGGGAUGAUCCUGUUGUGGCCAUUGCUCUGGUGUCCAAUGGCUGGAUUUUCCUGAUAAUGUAUAUUGUUCCUGAAAUUUGUUUCCUCACUGCUCCUCUGAAGCUAGAGGACUACCCUCCAGAAAAUGACUUCUGCCAACCCAAGUUCAUAAAGCAGGCGACUGGAGUGGACAACCGUGCCUACACCCAAGAUGAAAUUGUGCAAGGAGAACUCAGCUACUCGCCGUACGCUUCUCACUUUCAGAUGAAGGCCAUUGAACCCCAGAAUGAUUUCUCCAUCCCUCGCCCCAAGGCCCGGACAAGCCCGUACCAUGACUACACUGGUGGGAAAAGCCCCAUGUAGCAGCUCCACAGUGAGCAGAGACUAAGUGCCCCUCAGCAGAGGCAUGGGGAAUGUGCCUCAUGGUGACAAGUGAGAUAAUCCUGCAGAAGAGUCAACCCACACCAGCAUAAAAGGAGAGGAAUCCUCUUUCCCCCACACAGACAUCUUUGUUGCGCCCUGUUAAUCUUCAAACAUAGCUUUCAGACACAGCCCUGGCCAUCAUGUCCCUGCUCACUCUGUCUCCAUGGAAUGGAGCUUCUCUCUUCUGACAGAAGAGCAUACUGGCUUAUUUUCAGCAGGAAUGCUAGAGAAGCAGGAAGAUCAUCAGCUGGGUCUGUGACUGGCUUUGCCCCAGACAGGACCUGCUUUAAUCAGCUCAUGGGACUUCCUGCACACCUCAUCUGAUGGGAGAAGAGGAAGGAUCAGGAGCAUCAGCCCUACACAUUCCUUCCUCCUGCCCACCCACAAAGACAUCUCAGAUACUUCUGAGGAUAUCUUUAUCUACCCACUGUUAGCUUUUGUGCCUACUCCCAGCCCUGCCUGGCUGUCCUCCAGAGAUCAUGGAGAAGAGACAGAGAGAGAGAAAGAGUAUUCCUUUUUUCAUCUUCAUAUUUGCCUCCAGCACCUUCUUUAUCAUCUAGGAACCAUGCUGGAGAUGGGGAAGAAAACUUUAAAAUCAUAUACACCAAAUUACCCUGACACAUGUUCCAAUUCAUGUUCCAACAGCUUCCUUUUUAGCUCUGGCUCCUACCCAUGUGCCCAGCUGAGCUCACCAAGGUGCCUGCCCCCCUGCAAACUCUCCCUCCCCACCCUGGCCACUCCAGGCUGUGGAUCCCCAAAGACAAAGCCUCUUCCAUGUGGCUCCUUGCAAUGCCCUGUUGGGUUAUAAUCCUGUGAACCCUGGAUCUCAGCCUCUUUCUGAGAGUGUGACAUUAACAAACAUUUCCCAAGCAGCUAGGUUACAGAGGGCAGACACCCUUCUUCCCAGGCAUGAGUGAGCAAAAGUGUGUGUGUAUGUGGGGGGGAGUGUGGACUGCAACCUGGUGAUGAGCAAUGAGGCUGCAGAGUUGAAUCAUUCUGUAACCUGCUUUGCAUUUGAAAAAUACCUUUCCAUUGUAUUUCAUAUAUAACUACAGAGAGCUCUCCAAGUGGGUGUGUGUGGUACCCUGGUGUCUGACACAGCUGUAUAUUUAUUUAGUACUUUGUAUAUAGACUGUUUAAUUAAUAAAAACCCGAACAGCCUGACAA